GCGCCUCCUACCCAGUCCAAUCCAUGACCUUAAUUUCCAAACCCCAGAAAAACUUUGCAUAAACUCUUCCCUUUUAUUACUAUUAUUUUUAUUAUUAUUAUUUUCAAAUUUUCUCUUUUGUUUCACUCUAAACUCUCCAAAUCUCACCAAACACAUCUUCAUAUGCAUUGAUCCUUCUCCUCAAAUUGCCCAUUUGCACGAUCCAGUCAAAAUUUUAUUGGGAUUUCUCUCUUUUUACUUCUUUCUGAUUGGGUCAACAUAAAUUUUGGUUCUCUUUAUCCCAGUCAAGGGGCUUCAGAGUUAGGACUCUGUUGUUGUUAUGAUUACCGUAUUAUAAGUGUGUUUUUGAAAUUAGUAUGAGGAUCUUAAUGGAGCGAAAGAUGUGGGCGAUCUGGCGCUUGGCUUUUCUCCGUUUGAUUUUGCUGUUUCACAUUGUUUUCAGAGUUGCUGGUAAUGCUGAAGGCGAUGCCUUGAACGCAUUGAAGACCAGUCUAGCUGAUCCUAACAAUGUUCUACAAAGUUGGGAUCCUACCCUUGUCAAUCCCUGCACUUGGUUUCACGUUACAUGCAAUAGUGAAAAUAGUGUUACCCGAGUUGACCUUGGAAACGCAAAUCUGUCGGGUCUACUUGUUCCACAGCUUGGUCAGCUUUCAAAUUUGCAAUACUUGGAACUUUAUAGUAAUAAGAUAAGUGGAAAACUUCCAGAGGAGCUUGGGAAUUUGACAAGCUUGGUGAGCUUGGAUCUUUACUUGAACAACUUAAAUGGCCCAAUUCCAGUGACAUUGGGCAAGCUUCAAAGACUUCGUUUCCUGCGUCUCAACAACAACACCUUGUCAGGAACGAUUCCUAUGAAUUUGACUACCAUUGGAACCUUGCAAGUCCUGGAUCUUUCAAACAACAGACUUACAGGAGAUAUUCCUGUCAAUGGCUCCUUUUCUUUGUUCACUCCCAUCAGUUUUAACAAUAAUCUAUUUAACAAGCUUCCAGUUUCCCCUCCUCCUCCAUUGACUCCAUCGACGCCUUCUCCUUCUAAUGCAGGUAACAGUGCUACCGGUGCUAUUGCUGGGGGGGUUGCUGCUGGAGCUGCUCUGCUGUUUGCUGCCCCUGCCAUAGCUCUUGCAUAUUGGAGACGAAGAAGACCACAGGAUCAUUUCUUUGAUGUACCUGCUGAAGAGGACCCAGAGGUCCAUCUUGGACAGCUUAAAAGGUUUUCUCUGCGUGAACUGCAAGUUGCAUCAGAUAAUUUUAGCAACAAAAACAUUUUGGGUAGGGGUGGAUUUGGAAAGGUUUAUAAAGGACGCUUAGCUGAUGGUUCCCUGGUGGCAAUAAAAAGACUAAAAGAGGAGCGUACACAGGGUGGAGAGCUGCAGUUCCAAACAGAAGUAGAAAUGAUCAGCAUGGCUGUACAUAGGAAUUUGCUUCGCCUACGUGGUUUUUGCAUGACACCUACAGAACGAUUGCUUGUCUAUCCAUUCAUGGUCAAUGGUAGUGUAGCUUCUUGUUUAAGAGAGCGUCAGGAGUCACAACCCCCACUUGAUUGGCCGAUAAGGAGGCGAAUUGCAUUAGGUGCUGCACGGGGACUGGCUUAUUUGCAUGAUCAUUGUGAUCCUAAGAUUAUUCACCGUGACGUCAAAGCUGCAAAUAUAUUGUUGGAUGAAGAAUUUGAAGCAGUUGUUGGAGACUUUGGGUUGGCUAAACUCAUGGACUACAAAGACACUCAUGUUACCACUGCAGUGCGUGGCACAAUUGGACAUAUAGCACCUGAGUACCUAUCGACUGGAAAGUCUUCUGAGAAGACUGAUGUUUUUGGGUAUGGUGUUAUGCUUCUUGAACUGAUCACUGGACAGAGGGCUUUCGAUCUUGCUCGCCUUGCAAAUGAUGAUGAUGUGAUGUUGCUUGAUUGGGUGAAAGGGCUUUUAAAAGAGAAGAGGUUGGAGACGUUGGUCGAUUCUGAUCUGCAGGGCAAUUAUGUUAAUGAUGAGGUGGAGCAGCUGAUCCAAGUGGCUUUGCUGUGCACACAAAGUUCCCCAAUGGAAAGACCCAAGAUGUCCGAAGUGGUUAGAAUGUUGGAAGGUGAUGGAUUGGCAGAAAGAUGGGAGGAGUGGCAGAAAGAGGAGAUGUUCCGCCAAGAAUUUAACCACACCCACCACCCAAACACAAACUGGAUCGUUGAUUCUACUUCCCACAUCCCUCCUGAUGAGUUAUCUGGUCCUAGAUGAUCCCAUGCAUUUCAGUGUAUACAUGAAAGUCUAAUGGAGGCUUAUUUUGUGUAAAGUGAUAUUUACACAUUUGUGCAUAUAGUUUUUCUUUUUGGUUUUUUUAACCCCUUAUUUUCAUUGUCUAGUUUAUAUAAGGUUGGAAUUGAUCAAUUAUCCUGUAAUUUCUGUAGGGCGUUUUGAAAGUUGCAGGUGCUAGCAAACACGGCUGGAAAGGCCAUGGAAGCACCUACCAUAUAAUUUUUAUGUAUUCAAAUAUUAGUGGAGAUUGUUACACAAAUAAAUGCAUUUAUAUUUUUUUCA